GGCUCUCAAAAACAACAAGCCCACCAAUCUCUUCUCUGCUUCACACUAAUAAGAACUUAAACAUGCUCAAACCGUUGCUUCUUCUCCAAUCCUUCUUGUUCUGUCUCUUCAAUAUUGUUUUCGUCGGAGGACGGUUAAUUGGCGGCGGUUUCUCGGCAGAGGAGAAUCCAUUCACUCCCAAAGCAUCUCUAGUUCGUUACUGGAACAAAGAGAUCAGUGCCGACAAAUCUCUAAGAUCAGAGUUCCUAAUCUCCAAGGCGUCACCGCUUAACGCCGUCGACUCAGCCACAUUCGCCAAACUCGCCGCCCAAAACUCACUCCCAACCCGUCUCCCCGACUUCUGCUCCGCCGCCAACCUCUUCUGCUUCCCGGACCUGACCCCGAGCCUCGAGAAGCACGACGACAACGUCAAGUUCUCCGUCUACGACCAGAAAAACUUCACCAGCUACGGCAACGCACGCGCCGCCGGCGCAGACUCGUUCAAAACCUACUCAAAAGGCAACAACGGCGCCAUCGACACUUUCCGGAGGUACAGCCGCAACGCGGCGGGCCACGAGGAUAAGUUCACCGUCUACGGCGAGAGAGGCAACGUCGACGAGAAGGACUUCAACUCCUACGGAACCUUCGGAGCCGGCGGCGCCGGAGACUUCACUAACUACCAAAACGACGUUAACGACCCGAUGAGUCGAUUCACGGCGUAUUCCGACGGCGGAACCGGAAGGUCCCAGACUUUCAAAACCUACACGCACGACGCCAACGCCGGCAACGGCCAAUCGUUCACUAGCUACAGCAAAAAGGGAAACGCGUCGCCGAACGAGUUCGCCUCGUACGGCGACUCAUCCAACGUGAUCGGCUCUGAUUUCAAGAACUACGGCGAGGAAGAAAACGCCGCCAAAGAUACCUUCACCAGCUACGCGAGCGGCGGCAACGUACCGCUUAACAACUUCAAAAACUACGGCGAGUCCGUUAACGCCGCCAACGAUUCCUUCACGAACUACGGAGGCGGCGGCGGGAAUGUACCGCAGAACAACUUCAAAAGCUACGGCGUCUCCGGUAACGGCGCCGUCGACACUUUCGCGAAUUACAGAGAUAAAGCCAACGUCGGCGACGACUCGUUCUCCGGUUACGCGAAAGAUUCGAAUUCCGGUACGGUUAAAUUCACAAAUUACGGUCAGUCUUACAAUCCUGGUUCGGAAUCGUUCACCGGUUAUGGGAAAGGGAGCGAAGUACACAAGAUCAGUUUCAAAACGUACACACCGAACUCCACCUUCAAGGACUACGCUAAAAACGGCGUCGCUUUCGCCAAGUAUAAUGUGUCAUCCAUCGGGGAUGGCAAAACCGUGAAUAAGUGGAUAGAGCCGGGUAAAUUCUUUAGAGAGUCAACGCUUAAAGAAGGCACAGUGAUUGCUAUGCCUGACAUUAAGGAUAAAAUGCCUAAAAGGUCGUUUUUGCCCCGGAGCAUCGUCUCUAAGCUACCGUUCUCGACCUCCAAGCUCGCCGAGGUUAAGACGAUCUUCCACGUCGGAGAUAACUCGUCGAUGGAGAAGAUCAUCUCCGACGCGGUGACGGAGUGCGAGAGGCCACCGAGCGUGGGAGAGACUAAACGCUGCGUUGGAUCAGCGGAGGAUAUGAUCGAUUUCGCCACGUCGGUGCUUGGUCGUAGCGUGGUGCUACGAACGACGGAGAGUGUGGCGGGGUCAAAGCAAAAGGUGGUGAUUGGGAAAGUCAACGGAAUCAACGGUGGGAAGUUGACGAAAGCGGUUUCGUGUCAUCAGAGUUUGUACCCGUAUCUGUUGUAUUACUGCCACUCGGUUCCUAAGGUUCGGGUCUACGAAGCGGAUCUUCUUGAGUUGAAUAGUAUGACCAAGAUCAACCAUGGAAUUGCCAUCUGUCAUAUUGACACGUCAUCAUGGAGUCCCACACAUGGAGCUUUCUUAGCUCUCGGGUCGAAACCGGGUCGGAUUGAGGUUUGUCAUUGGAUAUUUGAGAACGACAUGAACUGGGCUAUCGCCGAUUAGAACCGGUUCCAAAGUUUUAUCACCAAGAUUUGAAUAGUGGAAUGUUAGUCUUCAGUAACAGUAAAGCUUGUUACUGAUUUGUGUGUGAUUGUAAGAAUAAUAAUCUUUGAAGAGCCAAUCCAGUGGAAUGUUAUACCAUGUUUAUC